AUGGCUGAUUGCAGACCAGUUUCUACCCCAAGCGACUACAAUCAAAAGUUAUCCACCGGUAUGGUUUCAGAAAGCGCUGAUGAAGAUGAACUAGCAAAGAUUCCUUAUCAGGCUGCUGUGGGCAGUUUAUUGUAUCUGGCACAAUGUACGCGGCCAGACAUUGCGUUCGCGGUUAAUGACGUCAGCCGAUUUAACUCAAAGUACAAUGUUUCCCAUUGGAAGGCUGUGAAAAGAAUCAUGCGAUAUCUCAAGGGAACCAAGGACUAUAAACUAAAGUAUUCGUCGAAUGGUUCACCACAAUUGCAUGGUUCCUCUGAUGCUGAUUGGGCAUCGGACAUUGAUAAACGUCGUUCUUGUACGGGAUACUUGUUCAAGAUGUCAAAUGCAGCAAUUAAUUGGGCAAGUAAGCGCCAACCAACAGUUGCAUUGUCAAGUACCGAGGCCGAGUACAUGGCAAUGUCAUCGGCUGUUCAAGAGGCGGUUUGGCUGAAACAAUUAUCAGGCGAAUUGGAUUACGGUGGCGGUUCAUCAAUUCAAUUGUACUGCGAUAACCAAAGUGCUAUCAAAUUAGCUGAAUCUGAUGGCUUUCGACCGAGAUCCAAACAUAUCGAUAUUAAGUACCAUCAUUUGCGUGAGACAGUCGAAAACGGGAUAAUUUCAAUAAAGUAUAUACCAACAGUUGAGAUGGCUGGCGACAGUCUCACAAAAGCUGUGGCUAAAGGGAAGAAUGAUUUUUUCCCACAGAAAAUGGGCUUGUAUUGA